AUGAACGCUAAGAGCGAGCAGCAGAAGCUGUCCUUGUCCAACAUCUGGGUGCUCGCAGAGAGCAACGGGCCGGUGAGGCAGGAGGAGAUGAACAUCUGCAAAGCGUUCAUGCAGAUCUGCCGCGAGGACAACAACAAGGACAAGCUCCGAGCGUUCUUCGCUGAGAACCGCGGCAAGCCGGUGCUGUUCGAGAUGAAAACAGAACGGAAGGACUUUAGAAAGUUUCUGUUCUCAGGAGGAGAAACGAUGUCGAUACAAGAAGGAAGCUUCGGAGACAGCGGACUAGGUUACAGCAUAUGGGACGCUGGCCUCGCUCUCAGCAUCUGGAUCCAGAUGAAUGGGGACAAGUUUGCAGGCCGCGAUGUCCUGGAGCUGGGCAGCGGAGUCGGCGUGACCGGCAUCUGCAUGGCGAAGUCUUCAGCCAACCAGGUCGUCUUGAGCGACUUUGGCAACGUGGAGGACGAGGGGGAGGAUGAGGGGGAGAGGAACUCGGUCGUGGAGAGGAACUUGCAGCCGAGAAAUCUGCUCGAGAACCUCCUGACCAACGUCGAGCUGAACGGACUGGAAGAAAAGUGUCAGGUCACCCGGCUGGACUGGCACGCUUGUCUCGCGGACAGCUUCAGGCCUGUGAAGGAGUUCCAGUGCGUGAUAGGGAGCGAUGUGAUCUACUACGAGGAGGACGCUGAGGCUCUGACAGCUGCGAUAGUGAAGCACCUGCGAGCUGGGGGGACUUUCUUUCUCAUGAACAGGAGAGGUCGACCAGGGUUGUCUGCUGUUUUGGAGAACCUUGAGAGGAUGGGGAAGGUCGAGGUGACGGAGCUCUCGCUCUUCAACAACUUUGACUCCACGCCUCUCCUCUUUGCUACCUUUACCAAGGGAUGA